AUGGCACCAAGCUUUGAUUGUGCGGUUUCAAGUCUUCUGAGUGCAGAAGAUAAGUUAAUAAUUUUCGAUGAUAAAGAUGAUUACUUUGGCGGGGGUGGUGAGUUUGAGGCAACAACAUGGAAUCAUAGAAUUUAUCGAAACUCGAAUCAAAACCGAGGCUUUAAUGGUGUUGGUGAAGAUGGGUUACCGUUACAGAGCGAGGAAUGCGUGGCUUUAAUGUUGGAAAAAGAGCACCAACAUUUGCCCAAUGCCGAUUACUUGAAGAGAAUAAAGAGUGGCGAUUUAGACCUGGCAGCUAGAAAAGAAGCUGUUGAUUUUAUCGGGAAGGUUAAUGCCCAGUUUGGUUUUGGACCGUUGUGUGAGUAUUUAUCAAUAAACUACUUGGACAGGUUUCUCUCUGCAUAUGAAUUACCCAAGGAUAAAGCUUGGACGAUGCAAUUACUAGCAGUGGCAUGUAUAUCUCUUGCAGCCAAAAUGGAGGAGACUCAAGCUCCAUUGCUUUUAGAUUUGCAGGUUGUUGAGUGUAAAUUUGUGUUCGAGACAAGAACUAUACAGAGAAUGGAGCUUUUAGUUUUGAGCACAUUGAAUUGGAAAAUGCAAGCAAUCACCCCAUUCUCCUACGUAGACUAUUUUCUUUACAAGCUGAAUGGUGAUAAAAUCCCAGAAAGAAGUUCAAUAUUGAGAUCAAGCCAACUCAUCCCAAGCACAAUAAAAGGGAUUGACUUGUUCGAAUUCAAGCCUUCUGAGAUUGCAGCAGCAGUGGCCAUAUCUGUUUCUGCUCUGGACACAGAGAAAGCAGCGUCUUUUCUCACUCAACAUGUACAAAAGGAAAGAGUGAUCAACUGUGUGGGAGUGAUGCAUGAUAUGUCAUUGGUUGGUAACAAUACCGGCGUCCCACCGAGUCCGAUCGGGGUGCUGGAUGCCGCUUGCUUUAGCCCAUGUAACCACAGCAAGUAG